AUGGCGCUCCAAUUGGCGGACAGGUCUCUUAAAUACCCGUAUGGGGUGGUUGAAGAUGUGUUGGUGAAGGUGGAAAAAUUUGUAUUUCUAGUGGAUUUUGUCAUAAUGGCGAUGGAGGAGAUGGGAGAUGUGCCUCUCAUUCUGGGGAGAGCAUUUAUGAAGACUGCUAGAGUUUUAAUGGCACACCCUAAGGUUGAUAAUCUUAAAGUAAGAAUGCAAGAUGAAGAGGUGAAUUUUGAUGUAUUCAAAGCCAUGACACACCCUAAGGUUGAUAAAGCAUGUUUCCAAUUUGAUAUGCUUGAUGAAGUUUGUAUGGUGCAAGAGAAGAUGGCAAUUUUCACGGAUCUCAUAGAAAAGUGUAUUGAAGUCUUCAUGGCUGAUUUUUCGGUGUUUGGAGAUUCUUUCCAAAGGUGUUUGGCGAAUCUGAAUAUUGUCCUUAAGAGAUGUGUUCAAAUAAAUCUUGUGCUUAAUUGGGAGAAAUGCCAUUUUAUGGUAACAGAAGGAAUUACGUUGGGUCACAAGAUUUCUGCUAGGAGGAUUGAAGUGGAUAAAGCCAAAGUGGAGGUCAUUGAGAAACUUCCACUGCCAACAAAUGUAAAGGGAAUUAGAAGUUUUUUAGGCCAUGCUGGGUUUUAUUGA